AAACUUUUUCAAUUGACUAAUCAGUGUUACCUUCUUAUUUAUCGUUGGAUGUAAACAGAAGAUGGCAGACCUCGUGGAAAAAGUUUUGAGAGAAGCAGCUGAAAAGGAAUCAAAGUUUAAAACUACAGAAGUUGAAAAAGAGAUUGAUGUCAUUAUAGAUGAAGGAAAUCUCCUUGUGUGUGACACAAAUCCUAUUGAUUUUAAAUUACAAAAAAAGAACAGAGAAGAUUAUUUAAAAGAUUUGAGUAGAGACAACACACAGUUACUUAUCAACAGAAUAUGGCAGUUGCCAACUCACAGAGAAGACGAAGUUGUAGUUGCAGAGUUACCUGAUGUUAAAACACUUAUCCCUAGAGAGAAACCAGUGCCCAAAAAAAGAAAAGCAACAAAAUGGGAAGAGUAUGCCAGAAUGAAGGGUAUAAAUAAAAAGAAGAAAGGAAGAAUGGUGUUUGAUGAACAGUCAAAAGAAUAUAAACCUAGAUGGGGAUAUAAACGGGCUAAUGAUGAUACUAAAGAUUGGUUGAUAGAGGUUCCUCAAAAUGCAGAUCCAUUUGAAGAUCAGUUUGAGAAAAGGAAGAAAAAGAAAAAUGAAAGGACAUCUAAGAAUGAAUUACAAAGACUGAGAAAUAUUGCCAGGGCACAGAAGACAAAAGUUCCUGGGGUUGGAUUAACACCAACUAUUGCUCCUUCUAAAGAUCAUCUUGGUAAAGCAUUGGCUAUAGCAAAGAAAUCUACAGCCUCUAUAGGAAAGUUUACAGAAACAUUACCCAAAGAAAAACCUUCAAAAUUUACUGGAAAGAAGAGAAAGUUUGAACCUAACUAUGGAGAUGUGAAGAAAGAAAAUACAAAGCAGUUAGAUAUAUUAAGUAGUGUUCUGAAUAAAACUCCAAUAUUAGAUGUAACUCAUGCUGUGAAUGCACAUGAAAAGGACGAAAACAGAACAGGUUCAAAAAGACAGAAAACAGAUAAAAAAGGAGGCAAAGGUGGUAAAGGUGGUAAAGGAAGCAAAGGAAACAAAAACAAUAGUCAACCAAAAAGAGGAAAAAGAAAUAAAAGAUGAUAAAUUAUUUUUUGUCUUUCUAGCCAUAAGACAAUAUAUAUAUACAUUUGGUCUAAAUGUUAGUCAACAAUCUUUCUUACAAGGGUGCAGGAUCGUUACAAGUAAUGAUUAAUGUACACAGUAGAUAAAUUAUAUAAAUUAAAGACUACAAAACUACAAAACAACACUAAUAUUAAAAAAAGAAAACAUUAAAUGUAAUUAUCUUUUAAAUAUUACAGAUAACAGAUAUCCUUCGUCUGUAUGAAUAUUAUAUAAAAUGAAUCAUAUCAAUCUAUUCUGAUUUAAUUAUAACAAUAUUGAAAUGUAUAUAACUAGAAAAAAUUAAAACCGAAAAAUAAAAACACUUGUACAAUUCUAAAAUUCCAAAAAUGAGUUCAAAUUGGAUAUUGUGUUCUUACACUUUUACCAUUCAGUAGUCAUGUUAUUUGAAUGGCACUCUCUUUUGUUUCCAUGCAUUAACCUAUAAACUUUUAUACCAAUGGUUUUCAAA